UUUUCUUGCAGCAGGGCGGGCGGAGUUUGGGCAAGGGUGACUGGAAGCAACUCCGGUAUAAAAGUCCCUCAAACUCUCUGCUGGGCAUCAGUUCGAAACGACUACCGACAACAUGAAGUUCGUGAUCCUCGCCGCCCUUGCCGCCGUAGCUCUUGCUGCCCCCCAGUACAGCUACGAUGCCCCUGCCCCCCGAUCCAGGGCCGAUUCCUCCGAGGAAGUAGCCAUCUUGAGGGACGAGCGCGUCCACGAAGAAGACGGCCGAUACAACUUCGACUUCGAGGCUGAAAACGGCAUCAAGGUGUCCCAGGCUGGUUCUCCUGACGGCGAUGAUGGCGCCGUUGUCAAGGCCGGAGAGUACUCCUACACUGCCCCUGACGGUACCGAGGUCGAGGUCAAGUUCGUCGCUGACGAGAACGGCUUCCAGCCCCAGUCCGACCUCCUGCCAGUAGCCCCCGAAUUCCCCCACCCAAUUCCCCAGUUCGUCCUCGACCAGAUCGCCUUCGCUGCUGAGGAAGACGCCCGCCGUGGCCGUGACGACUCUCGCGAGGCUCCUUCCAGGUCCUACGGAGCUCCCCAGUAAUCUCCUUUGACCAUCGACAUAUCUCAUAGAACCUGUGAUCACGACUCAUGUAUUUAUUCUAUUUAUAAACCAAAUAGAAUUUUUUAUAUACUUUA